AUGCCCAUUUUCAAACUCUCUCCAGAGGAGCAUUGCACCUUCGAAGUCGAGCGAUUCGGCCAUAUAGUGGUUUCCGGCCAUUCGAAAGCAAUGGUGGCCAUCAUGCCGGCUCACAGACGCAGCAGGAAGACCCUGAUCGAGGUCGCAGCAGCCGGCAUUCUUGUUCUCAGCUGGAUAUACUUUGCUCUCGUGCCCAAUGAAAGGAAGCUUGGGACAGUGGCCGUUCCCUACGCAAAGAAGUUCCUCGACAUGGUGUCUCCGCAGACACACAUCCAGACACUGGAUCUCUCUCAUCUGACCAGACAUGUUGGCUCAGACCAGUUCACCUACGCGCGACGCACAAUCAAGACGAAGUACUACGCAGGGGGUAGACCGUCCUUGACUCGCGUCAAUGAAACCCUCUUCGGAGCUCCUCACAUGCUCGAUAAAGCCAACCUGACGACCGUCGCCAUCGAUUCCCCGGAUAUCCUUGAGUUAGAAGUCCCGAACUCCCCGAAGAAACUGUAUGAGACGAGAACGCCGAAUACGAAAUGGCUUGCUAUGUUCGAUGACGAUACCUUUGUCCCUUCUCUGCCUUAUCUCGUGCAACACUUCAAAAAGCUAUACAAUCCUGAAAAUGAGCGCAUGGUCGCCGCCAUGUCCGAUAAUAUUGGGCAGAUCCACGCCUUCGGCCUUCUCCCCUUCGGCGGCGGCGGGAUCUUCGUCUCCGUCCCGCUCGCCAAGCGGCUCACGGAAGAGAAACUCCAUCAAAUGGACAUCAACGGCGACCCAUCUGGUUAUUUUGAGUCCGGGAGAAGAUUGCUCACGAUUCACCAUUGGAAGUCCUGGUUCAGUGUUAAUGUGCCGAUGGUGGCGAAUGUCAGCAAGGCGUGUGGAGAUGAAUGUGUCCUGCAGAGAUGGCAGUUUGAUGACGAUACCGUGUUGAGCAAUGGGUAUAGUAUUAACGAGUAUCCUGGUGGUAUUGAGAGGGAAGGCGUAGAGUUGGGAAAGGUGGAGAAGACAUGGGAUGGAGAGCUGUGGAGGUAUGUGCAUAAAAUCGGGCCGUUGAGGGAGCCUGUUAAAGAGGGGGUUAAGAGGAGCUUGUUGCUGGUUGAGGCGAAUGUUGUGGAGGGUGUGGGUGUUAGGCAGGUUUACGUGGAGAGGGCGAAGCUUGUGGAGGGGCAUAGUGUGGGGAUCGAUAGAGUUGUUGAGCUGCUUUGGCUGUUUUAGGCUUUCUCUUUUGAGAGCCGGUAACAUCCAUGGCAGGUGUGGAGGUUUAGUUUCUGGGUUCAAGUGAGCCGGGAGAGAAGGGAUGUCUUCGUUUUAUGAGUCUUUUACUUCUCGGUAUGCAUAGCAAGGAUGGCGUAAGGAGUCUACAUCUGCAUAUCAUCUUGGCGCAUCGGUGCAUUGGAAAA